GCCCCUUGUAUCUGCGCAUGCGUCAGUAUGAACCGCUUCUGUAAUUUUAUAGGUGUUGUGUAAAUGAAACUACAGAAUUAUACAGUUAACGUUCACAUUAAGACCAGACGUCUCUUAGGUAACAUGUUCGGUUGUGUGGUGGUCGGCGUUGGCGUAGCGGGCAAGGUCAGGAUCCGAGACCUUCUCACACCACUGGCUUCCAGCACUGCGGAAAUCUUCACUCUUAAGGGCUUGGUGUCCAGGAGGAUGCUGGAGGAGGUGCAGGGAGUCCGACAGAUGCCUCUGGAGGAGGCGCUGACCCGCAGUGACGUUCAGGUGGCCUUCAUCUGCACAGAAAACACCAGCCAUGAAGACUACAUCAGGCAGUUUCUUGAAGCAGGGAAACACGUGUGUGUGGAAUAUCCCAUGGCGCUCAGCUACAACGCCGCCGCUGAACUCAUGGACCAGGCACAAAGGAAGGGUUUAAUCCUGCACGAGGAGCACAUCGAGCUCUUCACUCCUGCCUUCAAGCAGCUGAAGAAAGAUGUAGCUGGAAAGCAGCUGGAAGAAGGAAGCCUGCAUUUCACAGGAGGUCCACUAAAGAGUGGGUUCGGGUUCCUCACGUUCAGCGGCAUCCCACGACUUACCUGGCUGGUGGAGCUUUUUGGAGAGCUCAGCUUUAAAGCAGCGACAAUGGACGAACAGCCGGAGAAGAAACACUCAAAGAUGACGGUCCAACUGUUAACUAAAGACCAGAAACCCGUGACCUGGACAGAGGAACGUGCCGAAGGCUUGAGCCGCGGCAAACACAUCCACCUGCGCUUCAGCACCUGCACCAUGACUGAGCUUCCGGUAGGCGUCCAGGAGCCCGUGGGAUUGUUCAUGCAGGACACGGUGCUGUUCGGGAGCAAGCUGCAGGGCUCCGUGCCACCAGAACAACUCCAAACAGAGAUGAGUCGAAUCCUUCACUGCUUCAAGCUGGCUGAGGAGAUCAGAAGACACUGCCAGGACACGAAGGCCUGAAAUAACUUACAACAGAGAGAGAAAGGGAAAGGGGCGGGGCCAGGACUGUACAUGAACCCAUAGAUCUGAAUCAGGGAUUCCAUCUCGUAGCUUUUAUACACGCUAUGAAUUCAUGCCGAGGUCAUAAAUUUAAAGCACAUCUUGGCUGGAACAGUGCGUCCAGGCGACGUGACGUGACGUAGGUUCAGUUUUUAGCGUGGCCUAAGCAGCCUUGUGACCUCUUAAGAUAUUUAAACAAAAAUAAAUAGAAUAAAUGCAUGUCUAAAGUGCAUUAUAUUACUGUUUUUAGACCUACGCUACAUAGUGAACCUUAUUAUUAUUAUUAUUAUUAUUAUUAUUAUUAGGAUAACAGCAUAAUGUUUAAAUUUCACACACACACACAAGUCAGCACACAGUAUCAUGAUCCUGUAUUUAGGUUAAGAACAUAACAUAUAACAUAAUAUCUGUCUAGCUAUAAUACAAAAUAUACAAUAUUUAUACAUAUCGUUUAGAUUUAGCCUCAUUUUGUGAUUUUCUACCCUUUUUUUUUUUUUUUUUUUUUGACAUAUUGUCCAGUCUUGCACAAAUGAUAACACAGUAAAAUAAAAAAAAAAAUUCAAGAAGCCGUGGACCUGUGGAAUAAACAGACUGAAACCUGUGAGACCCUGAAGCUCACGGCCAGAAAAGCGUACAGAACGUAUAUCAGGUAUGAUAACAUGAUGACUCGGUUGGAGAAGUAAGACUGAACUUCCUGUUUAAGAUGACUCUAUUUUAAGACAAAUAAUCAGCUAGGCCACAUGAGCUGAGACCCUCUUCAAAAAUACUGUUCAUGAACCCAGUAUAAGAACGCAAACUAUCUAUAAACAAGAAGAAAUUUACGAUAAUGUCUUAAAACGAACAGACCGGGCUUCGUAAAAGGACGUCAGUAACUUCGUUACGGUUGAAUAGAAAGACAAAGAAGGAGGAGGAACUGAUGGAUGGAAACUUUUGAAGUACGUCUGAACAUCGGAUUCAAUU